GUUACAUGAUGUGCAUGCAAAUAGGAAUGAUCUCCCUUUAUUUUGAUAAAUGAGCUAUGUGUUGAUACAACUAAACCAAAAUGCUGAUCAAAGAGUACGGUGAAUAGGUGUUACAUUCUAUAUUCAAUGUAAGAUAUCUGCCAUUCAGUAAGCACUGCGGGAAUAACCAACCACCUCUCUCAUCCAUAGCUCCCGACAGGCAUAGCGGUAAACGCCUAACGUGCGGUGGUUACCACGGCAACGUCAAACAGCUAAACCUCUGCAUAGAAACUUAGCGGUAGUUGUUAAAGCUGAUGGAAAUAAGCGAUGUGAUGUUCACGACGUAUCAAAUUGCGGGUUGACAAAGUUAUUUAAGAUUGUAUUCCCCCAAAAUGUCAACUAACGUCAGCUGAAAAAGAUGGUCCACGACGACUUACGAGUGGAGUGGAUCCGCCGGUGCGUUUGCGCGGGUUUCAACUUACCGGACGACUGCAAAUGCUUCGACGAACUACUGGAACGGGGAGAUGGAGAGGAAGAAGACAAAAUGACCCGUUUUUUAAACCUUGUCCUCGAAGAAAACUGCUCAUCUUGUCUUCUGUUUUUCAAAACUACCAGAGAGGAAGAAAUUGAAGUCGAAACUCGAGUUGAAAGGACGAGACAUGGACACUCUUCAGAUCCCGACAAGGAGACCUGGAUUCAGAGUGGAGCAGAGAUCUCCUCAGGAGACUCAGAGGAGACAAAUAGGUUUGACGUUCAAGUGGUCUAUCACAUUGAGCUUCAUGUUGCAGUAAACGAAUACCCAGAGAGGUUUUUGAAAUCCACUGUGUUUUACUUCAUCAGGAACAGGGAGGAGACAGUGGUUGAACCAUUGGACAUGAAAGAGGCCACUAAGCUGUUGCCCCGGCUAUUUGAUAUUGGUAUGCAUCAUGGACCGCCUCUUUUUGUGUUGCAGAACAAACUGGCCAACGUAUAUAUUCCCCUGGUUACCGCCCACCAGAUGAAGAUAACUGGUGCAGGUUAUGUAAGCAAGGCAGAUUCUCCUGAGCUGGAAACCAGUGGAGCGGGUGAAAAGAAGAGUCCAGAGAAGUCAAAUGGGCUACUUAUGUGUCGUGACGACUUGCUAAAUAGGAUGUACAAGUAUUUGGGCAUGGUAAAGUCAACUAUCCAACACCAAGAUGGGACAACACUGCUCAUCCCUGAGCUAGACCUGGAGCCGGAGGUGGAUGUACUGAGAUCUAAUCCAGAGAUAGUGGAGAAGUUGGAGCAGUGUGUGACAAAUUGGCACACUCAGAUUACACUUGUUAUUGAGCUGCAGCAAAACAAAAAACCACAGGCCCCUGACCCUUUGGCAGAGUUAACAUUUUGGCAGGAGCGUGCAUCCAUCCUGAGUGGUCUGAGUGAGCAACUCAAACAGCCUGUUGUCCGCAAGAUCUUGAAGGUGAUGACCAAAACAGAUGCCGGCAUUGUUCAGACCCUGAAAGGAACAGUUGCUGAACUCACCAAAUACCAUGUGGAGUCAAAUGAUAAUUUACGCUUCCUCAAGACACUGGAAAGACACUUCAUGAACCUGGCCACUGGAGCACAUUUAAAUGUGCUCAUGGAGACGAUCCCUCCUUUGAUGAGUAGCCUGCAGAUCAUAUGGAUGAUAUCUUGCCAUUACAAUACAAAUGAGCGUAUGGUCCCUCUAAUGGAGCGUAUUGCCUGGCAGCUGUGUCAACGUGUGACUCAGGUCAUUGAUGUCCACACGCUAUUCAAAGAUGAGAGGGAAGUGGCCAAAUCCAAGGUGCAUGAUGCUAAGCAGGUCUUGGACCAGUGGAGGUUGUCCUAUUUCCAGGCACGUGCUGAAAUUGAGGAAUCAGGCAGGAACCAACGCUGGGAAUUUGAACGGAAAAGGCUCUUUGAGAGGACUGAUCACAUAUCUUCCGUCUGCCAGGACUUAUACAACGUUUUGCAGAUUUUGGAGGAGUUCUACAAUAACUUUGGUCCAGAGCUAAAAAGUGUGACGGGUGACCCGAAACGCAUUGAUGAAGUUUUGAGCAGAGUUGAUAGUCUCGUUUUGCCUAUUGAAGAUGUCAGUUUUAAUCCUUUCGAAUACUGUAAGAUGAGUAGCUGGAAAAUGAUCAUGCGAGAUUUCAACACUACGGUUCAGGGUAUUGAAGAAGAGGCCAUCAACUUUGUUGACCAGUCUUUCAAGACACUGCGCUCUUCAGCCGCUGCCCUUGAGAUGCUCCUGAAAUUCAAAAACAUCAAAUCAAGAGAGGCCAUAAACAACCAUUUGAAAAGGAAGUUUAAUGACAUCCUGAUUCAGUAUUGCAAAGAGGUGGACAGCAUAAGUGAAAUAUUUGAGACAAAGAAGGACAAUCCACCACUGAAUAGGAACGAGCCUCCUGUGGCAGGAGCCGUCAGAUGGGCUCAUUCUCUUUUCCAUCGCAUCAAAAACACCAUCCUUCCCUUUCUGAAAGUGCCGGAGAUGCUGGAGAGUCAACAGUGCAAAGCAGCCAAGGAAAAGUACAUGGAAAUGUCAAUGAAGAUUAGGGACUAUAAGAAGAAGAAGUAUGAGUCCUGGCUGGCUGAGACAGAACGCAACUUGCCGUUGCUGAUGAAAAACACCUUGCUAGUCCUGACAACUAGUGUUAACCAAAGCCAGGAAAAACUGGACGUCCUUCCAACUGAAAACAGGCUGCAAACGGGUGGGCGAUACAUCGUGAACUUUGCUCCAGAGAUCAAAGAAAUCAUUUUGGAAACCAAGCACCUUGUGUCACUUGACUACUACGUGCCUGACCUGCCUCAAAACAUUGCCUUACAAGAACACAAAUUCAUUAAGUAUGAGAUUGAUCUGGACAAGGUGGUCAACUGCUACCACUCUGUAAUGGACAGCCUAAGUGAUGCACACGUCGUUAUGCUGGCACCCCAGAUCAAAGCUGUCAAAAAAAACAUGUAUUUGGGAUGCAAAAGACUGAACUGGAAUUCUUUGGGCAUCUCCGACUUCAUCAGUCAUGGAAUUCAGGCUGUUUCUAAGUUUAAGUUGGUUGUCAGUCAGGUUCAGAAGAAUGAGAGGGACAUUGAAUCAAAGUUGCAGUCCAUAGCGAUGGCCAACUUACUGAAAUAUCAAGUCCCGGACAAUUCAAAAGACUUACCAAGGGUCAAGGAGUUCUGUGGACGUAUAGACCAAGAGAGAAUCCAAACUGUGAAUUUGCUGAGUAGGAAGUAUGCAGACAUUGGACCCCUCAUCACUAAGAUAGAACAUCUGACCAGGGGAACCACCAGUGGCAAAGCCCAAUGUAUGGCAGAUUAUUACAUAUACUGGGAACGCAAGGUGCUCGACUCCCUUGAGAAGAUGGUUCUUAGAAACACCCAGACCUUCAACGCGCUGCUGAGGGGAAGUAUCCCUCUUUUUCAAGUUGAUGUCAUCCUGUCCGCCCCCAAGAUUGUGUUGCAGCCCCAAAGCAAUGAAAUCUACUGGCUGAUCAUGCAGUGUAUCAAAGACUGUGUAGAGAGCACAAAGCAAUUUGUGCGUUGGAUGCAUGGGACUUGCAUUGAAUGCCCUCCCCAACAUGUGCGUGGUGAGGAAGAGGUGGCAACAUUUAGUUUCUGCAGUGAUGUGUGGCAGCAUCCUCAGGUCAAUGAGAGUGCCGCGACAGUGUCCCAGAACCUACAGCGGCUGCUCCUCUCCGUGGAUCAGUAUCUUGUCCGCUGGAAACGCUAUAAAUCCCUUUGGGAAAAGAACAAAAGCAUCUUCAAUGAAAAGUUUGCCUCAAGAAACCCAUCCUGCGUCGUGUAUGAUGACAAGCUGCAGUUCUUUUCUCAUAUCAAGCAAGAGGUGAUGCUGGAGCCUCUGUUUAAGAAUGAGCACAUCAUCCAUCUCAACUUAGAGCCCCUGGCGCGCACGUUGCAGGAGGCGGCUGAGUCCUGGAUCCAGUCACUAGGUAGUCUGCUCAACAAGCCUGCCAAAGGGGAUCUCUUCAACUUGAGAGAUGAGAUCAUGCAACUCUCUGGAAAGCUGAAACAAAGCCCCAACACUUUUGAUGACCUGAAGUCUGUCCUUGGCACCAUAUCGGACAUCAGGGACAUGUCAUUAGAUGUGGAGAUGAAGUUCAUCGAUAUUCAGGAAAGAUACAGAACAAUGGCCAUGUACAAAGUGGAGGUUGGAGAGGAUGAACUCGAGCUGGUGGCCAACAUUGACCAAAUGUGGAAGGACCUGUUUGCAGAAUCCAGACAAGUGGAUCGAAGUCUGACGGGUGUCAAAAAAUCUUUUACUCAGAUUACAAAGGAGCAGAUUAAGAAGUAUAAGCAAGAAUUGUCUAUCUUUGCUGAAAGCUUCAACAGGGAUGGGCCUGGAGCUGUGGGAGACGAUUUAGAAAAAGGACUGACUAUCAUGGAAACAUAUGAGGCAGACCUUGCCAAGAUAGUGGCAGGACGGCACGAGCUAGCUAAUGCUGAGAAGCUGUUGGACCUACCCGUCACUGUUUACCCAGUGGUUGUGAGCAUACAGAAGGACAUGAACGGCUUGAGACAGAUCUACGGUGUCUACCAAGCUCAGAAGGCCGCGAAGACAGAGUGGUCUCAGACAUUGUGGGUGGAUUUAAACAUCCAGCUGCUACAGGAGGGGGUCGAGGGUUUCAUCAAAAGCUUGAGGCAGGUGCCCAAGGAUGUGAGGGCGUUACCUGUGGCCUUCUUCCUAGAAGGACGCAUGAAGGAGUUCAGAGAGUCUCUGCCUCUUCUGCUGGAUCUGAAAAACGAGGCUCUCAGAGACAGACACUGGAAGGAACUGAUGCAAAGGACUGGGACUAGCUUUGAGAUGAAUCCUGAAAGCUUCACUCUGGAGAACAUGUUUGCAAUGGAGUUGCAAAAAUAUGUAAAUGUCAUAGGUGACAUUGUCACCUCUGCUGUGAAAGAGCUCACUAUUGAAAAGGGAGUGAAGCAGGUGGUUGAUACCUGGGAAAACAUGAAGUUCAGUGUGCUGCCCUAUUUUAAAGGAACCCAGGAACGUGGUUUUAUUCUGGGUGCAGUGGAUGAAAUCCUGCUGAAUGUGGACAACGAUGCCAUGAACCUACAGAGCAUGGCGGGCAGUCGUUUUGUUGGACCUUUCCAUGGCACCAUACAACAAUGGGAAAAAGACCUGUCCCUCAUCAGUGAGACCAUCGAGGUAUUGUUGCUAGUACAAAGAAAAUGGAUGUACCUGGAGAGCAUAUUCAUCGGCGGAGACAUUAGCUCCCAGUUGCCAGACGAAGCCAAGAAAUUUGAUAACAUCGACAAAAAGUUUAAAGAAAUAAUGAGUGACACAGUUAGGGGUCCAAACAUUAAGCGAUGCUGCCUGAUUCCUAACCGGCUAACAGACCUGCAGGCCCUGAGUGAUGGUCUAGAGAGGUGCCAGAAGAGUCUCAAUGACUACCUGGAUGCCAAGAGGAAUGCAUUUCCCCGCUUCUUCUUCAUCUCUGAUGAUGAACUGCUCAGCAUCCUGGGGAGUAAUGACCCUUCCUGUGUCCAGGAGCAUAUGAUCAAGAUGUACGACAACAUAGCAUCUCUGAGGUUUGAUGUGGACAGCAAUGGGAUUAAAGUAGCUGGAGCCAUGGUGUCUGCUGAGGGUGAGGUGAUGGAGCUGAGGAAGCCCAUUCAGGUGGAGGGCAGGGUGGAGCAGUGGAUGAUGGGAAUACUAUUGGAGAUGAGGAGGACUAAUAGACUUCUGACCAAGGAAGCAAUCUUCUACUAUUGUGAAGACAGGAGCAGGGUGGAUUGGAUGUUGCUGUACCAGGGCAUGGUGGUGCUGGCGGCAAAUCAAGUGUGGUGGACAUGGGAGGUAGAGGAUGUCUUUAAAAAUGUGAAAAAGGGUGAGAAGCAUGCCCUUAAGAACUAUGCUGAGAAGAUGCACCAGCAGAUCGAUGAGCUUGUAAAACGCAUCACACAACCCAUGAAGAAAAAUGACAGACGAAAGAUUAACACUGUGCUCAUCAUCGACGUCCAUGCAAGAGACAUUGUAGACAGCUUUCUAUUCAACAGUAUAAUGGAUGCACAAGAGUUUGAGUGGGAAAGCCAACUCCGAUUCUACUGGGUCCGGAAACAUGACAACUUAUAUGUGCGCCAGUGCAGUGCUACGUUCUCUUAUGGCUACGAGUACAUGGGGUUGAAUGGUCGAUUGGUUAUAACCCCGCUGACAGACCGCAUCUACCUCACCCUUACACAGGCUCUCUCCAUGUACCUGGGUGGAGCCCCUGCUGGACCAGCUGGUACAGGAAAGACAGAGUCCACCAAGGAUCUGGCCAAGGCUUUAGGCCUCUUGUGUGUGGUUACUAACUGCGGUGAGGGCAUGGACUACAUGGCUGUGGGCAAGAUCCUCUCUGGCCUUGCCCAGUGUGGAGCGUGGGGCUGCUUUGAUGAGUUCAAUCGAAUUGAUGCCUCAGUGCUGUCAGUUAUCUCCUCACAAAUCCAGACCAUCCGCAAUGCUCUCAUUCUGCAACUUAAAAGGUUUCAUUUUGAAGGUCAAGAUAUCAACCUGGACAGCCGCAUGGGGAUUUUCAUCACCAUGAACCCGGGCUAUGCAGGACGCACAGAGCUGCCAGAAUCAGUCAAAGCCCUCUUCAGGCCUGUAGUGGUCAUCGUGCCUGACCUGCAGCAGAUUUGUGAGAUCAUGCUCUUUUCUGAGGGCUUCCUAUUGGCCAAGGUUCUGGCAAAGAAGAUGACCGUCCUGUAUAAGCUGGCACGAGAGCAGCUGUCAAAGCAGUCUCAUUAUGACUUUGGCCUGCGAGCUCUGAAGUCUGUGCUGGUGAUGGCAGGAGAGCUGAAGAGAGGCUCACCCGACCUUAGUGAGGAUGUGGUUUUGAUGCGUGCUCUGAGGGACAUGAACCUGCCAAAAUUUGUAUUUGAGGAUGUGCCCUUGUUCCUCGGGCUGAUCUCAGAUCUGUUCCCUGGCCUUGACUGCCCUCGUGUUCGCUACCCUGACUUAAAUGAUGCUGUGGAGGAGAUCCUGCAAGAGAACAAAUAUGUCAUGCUGAGUAACCAGGUGGAUAAAGUGGUGCAGAUGUAUGAGACCAUGAUGACGAGACACACUACUAUGGUUGUGGGCCCAACAGGUGGAGGGAAAUCGGUUGUGAUCACCACAUUAUGCCAAGCUCAGACCAAAUUGGGAUUUCAAACCAAGCUGUAUCCCCUAAACCCUAAAGCCAUAAGUGUGAUUGAACUUUAUGGUAUUCUCGACCCUGACACACGAGACUGGACCGAUGGGAUUUUAUCCAACAUCUUCCGAGACAUCAACAGGCCUACUGACAAACAAGAGCGAAGGUACAUCCUGUUUGAUGGGGAUGUGGAUGCUCUGUGGGUCGAAAAUAUGAACUCAGUGAUGGAUGACAACAAGCUCCUCACUCUAGCCAAUGGAGAAAGGAUACGUUUGCAGAAUCACUGUGCCCUGCUUUUUGAGGUUGGAGAUCUGCAGUAUGCCUCCCCCGCUACUGUUUCUCGCUGUGGAAUGGUUUUUGUUGACCCCAAAAACCUGAGAUAUACCCCAUACUGGCAGAGAUGGGUGACCAACAGACCUGACGGGGAACAAAAAGUGCUCAAUAAACUUUUUGAGAAAUAUGUGCACAGCUCAAUCGACAUGAUUGUGGAUGGUAUUGUUGAUGGCAAACAGGUGGAGAAACUGAAGACUGUUGUUCCUCAGACAGACCUCAACAUGGUGACUCAGCUGUGCAUGACACUGGAUGCGCUUCUCGAGACUGAGAGCAGCAGGGAUCAAGUCCUAGAGUGUUACUUCCUGGAAGCUCUGUACUGUUCACUCGGGGCCACGUUGCUGGUGAACGAUAGGAUCAAGUUUGAUGAGUUCAUCAAAGGACUCUCUGGCUUAACUACAGUGCUAGAUGGGAAAGUGCUGGUUGGACCUGGUGAGAUUCCAGGAUACCUCCCAAGUCUGUAUGAUUUUCAUUUUGAUGGAGCCAAAGAGAAGUGGGUUCCCUGGAGUUCUCUGGUCGACAAAUAUAUCCACAAACCUGAGAAGACGUUUGAUGAUAUUCUAGUGCCGACUAUUGACACUACAAGAGCCAGCUGGAUCCUGGAACAGAUGGUGAAGAUAAAGAGGCCAGUGCUUCUGGUCGGAGAGUCUGGCACCUCCAAGACUGCCACCAUUCAUAACUUCCUGAAGAAACUAAAUGCAAAUACAAUGAUUACGCUGAUGAUCAACUUCUCAUCCAGAACAACUUCAAUGGACCUGCAGAGAAACUUGGAGGCCAAUGUGGAGAAAAGGACCAAUAAGGUUUAUGGGCCUCCCAUGGGGAAAAGACUGCUGGUCUUUAUGGAUGACAUGAAUAUGCCAAAGGUAGAUUAUUAUGGCACACAGCAGCCCAUCGCACUUCUGAAGCUGUUAUUGGAACGAGGUGGCAUAUAUAACAGGGGGAAGGAUCUGAACUACAAAAUCCUCAAGGACCUUGGUUUUAUUGCUGCCAUGGGCAAGGCAGGAGGUGGGAGGAACGAGGUCGAUCCCCGCUUCAUCUCCAUCUUCAGUGUCUUUAGCGUCCCAUUCCCUGCAGUGGACUCCCUCCACCUUAUCUAUUCUUCGAUUAUCAAAGGCCACACCAUUGCAUUUGAAGAUGCCAUACAGAAGGUUUGUGAUAAAGUCACCUUCUGCACACUGGAACUGUACAACAAGAUCAUCAAAGAUUUGCCCCCCACACCCUCCAAGUUCCACUACAUCUUCAACCUGAGGGACCUGUCAAGAGUCUACAAUGGACUGUGCCUCACCAAACCUGACAGGUUCUUGACAGUUAGCCAAUUUGUACGAGUCUGGAGAAAUGAGUGCCUGAGAGUCUUCCAUGACAGACUCAUCGAUACAACUGACAAAGCAUUGCUCCAAGGCCACUUAAGGAACCUGAUUGAGGAGCAUUUUAAGUCAGAUGUGGAGGCAGUCAUGAGGGACCCAAUUCUUUUUGGAGACUACAGGACAGCCCUCAGUGAGACUGAACCAAGGGUCUAUGAGGACAUACAGGACUAUGAUGCUUCAAAAGCCCUAUUUCAGGAAAUUCUAGAGGAAUACAAUGAGAACAAGUCGAAGAUGAACCUGGUACUGUUUGAUGAUGCUCUGGAUCACCUGACCCGCGUGCACCGCAUCAUCCGCAUUGAUCGUGGCCAUGCACUGCUCGUCGGUGUGGGGAGCUCCGGCAAGCAGUCCCUCGCCAAGCUCGCUGCCUUCGCUGCAGGCUGUGAGGUGUUCCAGAUAGCACUUAGCAGAGGAUACAGUGAGUCAAACCUCCGCGAUGACCUGAAAGCGCUGUACUUGAAGCUGGGCAUUGAAAAUAAAAAGACAGUGUUCCUCUUUACUGAUGCCCAUGUUGCUGAGGAAGGCUUCUUGGAACUCAUUAACAACAUGCUCACCUCAGGGAUUGUUCCUGCAUUGUUCCCUGAUGAUGAGAAGGAGUCGGUUCUCAACCAGCUUCGCGAUGAGGCUUUUUCGAUGGGAGCAGGUCCCUCAAAAGAAAGUUUGUGGAAGUACUUUGUCAACAAGAGCGCCAAUAAUCUACACAUUGUAUUAGCCAUGUCUCCAGUAGGUGACACCCUGAGGACACGCUGCAGAAACUUCCCAGGACUGAUGAACAAAACUGUGAUAGACUGGUUCUUGCCAUGGCCUCCACAGGCUUUACUUGCAGUAGCUCAGUCUUUCCUCGGUGAAAGUUCAAUGAUUCCCUCAGCACACUCUGCAGCAGUGAUAACUCACGUGUGCUUGGUCCAUAGCUCGGUGGGAGACUAUAGCACUCUAUUCCAGCAAAAACUCAGACGUUACAACUAUGUUACUCCAAAGAACUACUUGGACUUCAUCAGCACAUAUUCUAACCUCUUGGAGAUAAAGGACCAAUUAAUUCUGGCUCAGUGCAAGCGUCUUGAGGACGGUUUGGAUAAACUUCAAGAGGCUACUGAGCUGCUGGCUGAGCUGAAUGUCAAGCUAGCCGAACAGAAAGUGGUCCUUGCUGAAAAGUCCACAGCUUGUGAUGCCCUGCUGAAUGAGAUUGGCACAAACACGACUAUAGCUGAGGAAAAGAAGACCCUGGCCCAAGACAAAGCCAAAGAGAUUGAAGAGCAGAACAAAGUAAUAGCUGUCGAGAAGGAGGAAGCUGAAAGUUCUCUGGCCGAGGCCCUUCCGGCAUUAGAAGCAGCCCGGAUCGCCCUGCAAGACCUGGACAAAUCUGAUGUCACAGAGAUCAGAUCCUUUGCCAAGCCACCCAAACAGGUUCAGGUGGUCUGUGAAUGCAUCCUGGUGAUGCGUGGCUACAAGGAGAUCAAUUGGCAGUCAGCCAAGGCUAUGAUGUCAGAGCCUAACUUCCUUCGCUCACUGAUGGAGAUCGACUGUGAUUCCAUACAUAACAACCAGGUCAGGACUGUUAAAAGCUUCCUAAAGAACCUACAGACAAGUUUUGAGGAGAUGCAAGCCAUAAGUAAGGCCGGUUCAGGAAUGUUCAAGUUUGUCGAGGCUAUCAUGGGUUACUGUGAGGUUUCAAAGGAGAUAAAGCCCAAGAGAGAGAAGGUCGCUCGCCUCGAAAAGAACUUCUUUCAGAGUAAGAGGGAGCUGGAACGCAUUCAGAGUGAACUUAACAAUCUCCAGAAGGAGUUGCACACUCUUGGAGAGAAGUACAAAGCUGCAAUUGCAGAGAAGCGGCUGCUACAAGAGGAGGCUGAGCUGAUGGAGAGGAGGCUGAUAGCUGCUGAAAAACUCAUCUCUGGCUUGAGCUCCGAGAACAAACGAUGGACACAAGAUUUGGAGGAGUUGAAGCUGCGUCGAGUACGUCUCCUGGGUGAUUGCCUGAUAUGCGCCGCUUUCCUGAGCUAUGCAGGGGCCUUCAGUUGGAACUUCAGGAAUAAAAUGGUAUACAAAGUAUGGCUUAAGGACGUGCAAGACAGAGGCAUCCCUUUGAGCCAGCCUUUCAAAGUGGAAAGUCUUCUGACUGAUGAGGUGGAAAUCAGCAGAUGGGGCUCAGAGGGAUUGCCACCCGAUGAACUCUCUGUGCAGAAUGGAAUCCUCACAAGCAGGGGCACCCGUUUUGCCAUGUGUAUUGACCCACAACAGCAAGCGCUCAACUGGAUAAAGAAGAAGGAAGAAAACAAUAACCUCAAGAUCUCAUCUUUCAAUGAUCCAGACUUCCUGAAGCAGCUGGAGAUGGCCAUUAAAUAUGGCUUCCCAUUCCUUUUUCAAGAUGUGGAUGAGUACAUCGAUCCCGUAAUUGACAAUGUCCUAGAGAAGAACGUAAAAGGACCAGAAGGCAGACAGGUCCUCAUGCUGGGUGACAAGGAGGUGGACUAUGAUCCCAACUUCAAACUCUUCCUCAACACUAAACUUGCAAACCCCAAGUACUCCCCGUCAGUGUUUGGAAAAGCCAUGGUCAUUAAUUACACUGUGACUCUUAAGGGUCUGGAGGACCAGCUGCUGAGUGUUAUCAUGGGCUUUGAGGAGAAGGAGUUGGAGGAGCAGCGUGAACGUUUGAUUCUAGAGACGAGCGACAACAAGAAACUGCUGAAGAACCUCGGGGACUCCUUGCUCAGAGAGCUGGCCACAUCUACAGGGAACAUGCUGGAUAACACAGAGCUGGUUCAAACAUUGGAGGAGACCAAGUCAAAAGCCAGUGAGGUAUUGGAGAAACUACAGCUGGCCGAGAAGACCUCUAUGGACAUUGAUGAACUCAGAGACGACUACCGACCUGCCGCCAAGCGCGGGGCCAUCCUGUUCUUCGUGCUGACCGAAAUGGCUCUGGUGGACAGCAUGUACCAGUACUCUCUGGCCUCCUACCUGGAAGUGUUUGACUUUUCACUGCGCAGAGCUCUGCCUCACUCUGAUCUCCACAAAAGACUGAGCAACAUCAUGUACUCUCUGACGGACAGCAUUUAUAACUAUGGCUGCACAGGUCUGUUUGAGAGACACAAGCUGCUCUUCUCCUUCAACAUGGCCAUCAAGAUUGAGCAGGCGGAGGGCAGGUCCCCUCAGGAGGAGUUGGAGUUCUUUAUUAAGGGUAAUCUAUCCCUGGAUAAGAGCCCUCGUAAAAAGCCCUGUGACUGGCUUUCUGACCAGGGCUGGGAGGACAUAGUGAAAGUAGCAGAGCUCUUUCCUGAGAAGUUUUACUCUCUGCCGGAUGAUGUGGAGAAAAAUUCCACUCAAUGGCGGUCGUGGUAUGACUUAGAUGCUCCAGAACAGGCUCAAUUCCCCAUGAAAUAUGAGGAGGAGCUGUCGGCCUUUCAGAAGCUGCUGCUGCUGCGCUGCUUCCGCGUUGAUAGAAUCUACAGAGCUGUGACCGACUACAUCACUGUCACCAUGGGCGAAAAAUAUGUGCAGCCCCCUGUGAUCAACUUUGAUGCAAUUUAUGAACAGAGCACACCUUCCUCCCCCAUUGUCUUCAUCUUGAGUUCCGGCUCUGAUCCAGCCACUGACCUCAUGAAACUAGCUGAGAGGUCAGGCUUUGGAGACAACAAGUUCAAGUUCCUUGCCAUGGGCCAAGGCCAAGAGAAGGUGGCCCUGCAGUUGCUGGAGAGGGCGGCGUCCCGUGGUCACUGGUUAAUGUUACAGAACUGCCACCUGCUGGUAAAGUGGCUGAAGGACCUGGAGAAGUCCUUGGAGAGGAUCACCAAGCCCAACCCCAACUUCCGUUUGUGGCUCACCACAAACCCCAUCAAGGAUUUCCCCAUUGGCAUACUGCAAAAGUCUCUAAAGGUAGUGACAGAGCCUCCCAACGGUCUCAAGUUGAACAUAAGAGCAACGUACUCUAAUAUAUCCCAGGAAUCCUUGAUCGCAUGCCCUCACCCUGCCUACAGCAGUCUGGUAUUUGUGCUGGCCUUCUUCCAUGCCGUGGUGCAAGAGAGACGCAAGUACGGCAAGAUUGGCUGGAACGUCCCCUAUGACUUCAACGAGUCUGACUUCUUUGUGUGUAUGGAGAUCCUGAAGACCUACCUGACCAAGGCUCACAACCAAGGAGAAACCAAUAUUCCCUGGGGAAGUCUUAAAUACCUCAUUGGGGAGGUGAUGUAUGGUGGGCGAGCCAUAGAUAGCUUUGACCGCAGGAUCCUGACUGUCUACAUGGAUGAGUACCUUGGAGACUUCCUCUUCUACACUUUUCGCCAAUUUCACUUCUUUAGCAACAAGGACGUAGAUUAUAAGAUCCCCCCAACUGGGCCCAAGAAAGUAUACGUUGAUGCGAUUGAGGAGCUCCCACUGUCAAACACACCAGAGGUAUUGGGUCUUCAUUCCAAUGCAGAUAUAAGAUACUACACCAUGGCAGCUGAAGACAUGUGGACUCACCUGAUAGACUUGCAGCCUCAGACAGGUGAAUCUGGUGGAAGCAUCGGUAGGGAUGAUUUCAUCAGUCAGGUGGCCCGGGACAUUCAGAACAAGCUGCCCAAGUUAUUUGACAUGGAUGUGAUCUCUAAAAAGUUUGGGACCGACAUUUCGCCAACCGCAGUGGUGCUGCUUCAAGAACUGGAGCGCUUCAACAAGCUGGUGGUCCGCAUGCAGAGCUCUCUGGCUGAGAUGCAGAGGGCCUUGGCUGGUGAGGUGGGCAUGAGCAGUGAGUUGGAUGACGUUGCUCGUGCACUUUUCAAUGGUCUUAUCCCUGCCAUUUGGAAGAAAUUGGCACCUGACACUCUCAAGUCCCUCGGCAACUGGAUGAGCCAUUUCAAGAGGCGUUAUGAACAGUAUAGGAACUGGGUGGAUGAGGGAGAGCCAAAGGUCAUGUGGCUAUCAGGACUCCAUAUCCCAGAGUCCUACCUGACUGCACUGGUCCAAGCUGCAUGUAGAAAAAAUAGUUGGCCACUAGAUCUUUCCACACUGUACACACAGGUGUCCCAGUACCGCAGUGAGGAUGAAGUCAGUGACCGACCUGGACAGGGCUGCUUGGUGUCCGGCCUGUAUCUGCAGGGGGCGGACUGGGACAUAGAGAAGGGCUGCCUGGUGAAGAGUAAACCAAAGGUUCUGCUGGUCGAACUCCCCAUUCUCAAAGUCAUCCCCAUAGAGGCGCACCGCCUGAGGUUACAGAAUACCAUACGGACACCAGUGUACACCACGUCCCUGCGGAGGAAUGCGAUGGGUGUGGGGUUGGUCUUUGAGGCGGACCUGUCCACCACUAUGCACAUCUCUCACUGGGUGCUCCAGGGAGUCUGUUUAUGCCUCAACGCCGACUGAGGACCUCACUCAGCCAACCGAGCUGGUUUUCACGCACUCUGUUCCAACAUGCUGAUUAAUGACAUGGAUUUCUGUUUCUUUAGAGAGUUUGCGAGAAAAAAGCGUGGGUAUGUCUGAUUAACAGGUAGAUUAGAUAAAACCAAAUAAUUUAUUAUUAAAGAUUAUACUUAUUUUAAAAAACAAUAAUUGAUAGGCAUAAAAGAAAAGUAGACGUUUGACUUGUUUUCCACUACAGGGCUUAUAUUAUUUUCUCACUAGAUGGCAGCACACACCAGUAAUGGACCCAUCAGUCUGGGCAGAAGCUCCAGGCGUUUGCAGUGAGCAAAGUAUCAAAACGAUGUAGUAGGUCAGGAUCUGUUUGUCCUUA